CACUUCCGGUUGCUGCGGCGCGGCGGCGGCCCGGCAGCGGCACCGAUGUCCCAGACGCGGCGCCGGGCGGGCAGCGGGGCGCGACCGCAAGGAGGCAGGUGACCGGCCGGCGUCGGGCAUGGCCGCUGCCUGGAAGCGCGCUCUGCUGGUCCUGCUGGCCUCGCAGGUGGUGUCCUCGCUGAGCUCGGGGGACGAGGACGAAGUCCCCGAAGACUGGGUCCUCCUGCACGUGGUGCAGGGCCAGAUAGGAGCCGGGAACUACAGCUACUUACGGCUCAACCACGAGGGGAAGAUCGUCCUGAGGAUGCGGAGCCUGAAGGGCGACGCGGACCUGUACGUGUCGGACAGCACGCUGCACCCCAGCUUCGACGACUACGAGCUGCAGUCCGUCACGUGCGGCCAGGACGUGGUGGCCAUCCCCGCGCACUUCCAGCGGCCCGUGGGCAUCGGCAUCUACGGGCACCCGUCCCACCACGAGAGCGAGUUCGAGAUGAAGGUGUACUACGACCGGAGGCUCGAGCCGUCCCCGUUCUCCGAGGCCGCCACCUCCGAGGCCCGCGACGUGGCUCACCGGCAGGCCCAGGCCCCGGAGGACGCGUCCCAGGAGGAGGAGUCCGUGCUCUGGACCAUAGUGAUUAGCGUCCUCAAGCUGGUCCUGGAGAUUCUGUUCUGACGCCCUGGCGCGCCCUGGAGCCUCCUCCCUGAGUCUGCGAGCCCCGCUACGACCCAGCUACGUUCUCUGGUGGAAAUUGUGGCUUCUGAUCGGGGGAUGGAAAAUAAAGCCAUACGCUUGUGUUACCUCAUACACCCCAAAAGGAGGGAAAGCAGCAAGAACGAUGUUAGUAUUUUCUCAGAGGUCAAAAUUCCUGUAAAAGGAAUGCGCACAAUAAAAUGUUUAGACUCCGGUUGAUAGCUUGUCAGGUGACUGAAACAGGGCAGUAGCCUAGGAAUAUAGAAGAUAAAUCAAAACAGAGCAUCAGAUGAAAGGGCUGGUAGCUAGAACUGUGUUCUCCCUAGAGUUUCUGAAUGAAGUUACAAUGUGUUUAGGACUUUGAAGCUGCUGCUGAAAUCAAGCCUGAAACGUACAUUUUUGCGCUUUUGCGUGGCUGCGGGGCUAAAGCGCUGGGCCUGCCCCCAGGUGGAGUGGGCGCCCCUGUCCAGACAGGAAACCCAGCUGCACCAACUCUCAUCAGAUCGUUUGUUAUUUAUCAUCCUGGCCUACCUAUUAGUUAAAAUUCUUCCAUCAUUAAAUAACUUUGUUAUGCUGCCAGUGGUAGGCCAGAGACCAUAUAGAUUAGGAAAAUUUCAUGCAACUACUAUUCACUUUCUGGUCAAUGAAGGAAUAGUUGAGUAUUUCGAUUACGUAAUAUUUCCACUGAAUUUCUGAAUAGAGCCAAAGUACUAAAGAUUUAAAAAAAACUUUGGGAAAAUGAACUAUGAUUUCUCUAUCUAAAAUUGGUUUCGAAGGUAAAAGUAGCUUAUAAUAAAUAAAGUAGCAGAUUUUAAGCACAUAGUUAAUUUCAGAAAUCUUUUAUUGGCAUAAAAUUGAGAAUGUAAAUAAAUUGGCACCAAAUAUUUCAUUUAUAUCCAUAUUACAAUAUUGGGGUCAGAAAGCUAUUUUAUCUUAUCCCUCUUUGCUGUUUUUCCCCCUUCUGCCCACUUUCCUGGGAGUUGGGGGGGCUCGCUGACAACAGUCACAAAUCCAGCGACCUAGGAGAAAAAUUGUUAGUUAAUAUACUAUGAAAUUUAAUUCUUUAGGACUGAAUUUUAAACCCAUUUGGCUCUCCUUUAGCUAUCGCUAGUAAUUUCUCUGUGGAUUUGUGUUGUGAAGGGCACUUAGUUCUAAUAAGGAGUUCUAAUAAUUUUUAAGGAGAAAAAUAAACUCCCUUAAAAUAAUCAGUGUAAUCAAUACCAUGUGAAAUUCAAUGCAAGUGGAGGGGGCAGGAGGUAAUUGUGUGUAAUGAUGGGGACCUUUGAAAACUACCAUCCUUUCUAUAACCCAAACACUACCACACUUUGAGUUCAAUAAUACAAAUCCUGAUAUAAAACUUGUUACAGAGUUUGGCUCACUUUCAGCCGUUUCCCUGCUGCUCAGUGGCAAGUGCGAGUCUAAACUUCCUCCCAAGGCCGGUGUACCAGACUCAGCACUUUAAACUUAAUCACUGAUAAACUGCACCAUGUACUCCAUCUGAGUUACUACAGAACUUCAAGUUGCCUGCUUCUUAAUGAUUCCCAGGAAACUUAGUUCUAGGCAUACAUUUUAUAAAGUAUUAUACAGUGUUAACUAUGCAAAUAAGUUCUAAAUUUACACAAUUAUGUGUAAUAUUUUAGUCCAAUUACUGUGAUUUAUUCGACUCUGUUCAUUCCAAAGUUAUCUGGAAUUGUCAUGCUGUCUCAUUUUAUAGAAAUCUGGUUUAAUAUUUAUAAAGGCAUAGCAGUCAUUUUGUUAAGUUUCUGAAUAGAUGACAUAAAAAUAAAAUCAAGGCUUUGAAACAAA